CUCUCUUUUUUAUUUUUAUUUUUUUGCUUUGUGCUCUCUCUCUCUCUCUCUCUCUCUUACAUUCCACUUUGUUGUUCUUUUGAUUUUGUUGCUUCUCUAAUAAGUGCUCUUAGUUUUGCUGUUAGAGAGGAUUGAAGCUAAGGCUCUAAAAUCAACCCAUACAGCUUCCUCUUCCAUGUAAUAAUUAGCACUUUACACUAGUUGGCUUAGUUUUACAUUCCCCCCUCUUUCACAAAUGCCAUGAAUACGCAUAUGGUUUGGCUUCUAUUAUUAUCCCCAUUUAGGACCCAUUGUUAGCUCUUCUGCAAUUUAUGCAACUUUUAGUGGGUAUUUGGUUCCUCGGAAAAGUGCGAAAAAUUAGUUUUAGGGGAAAAAGUUUUUUCAUGAAAAAUUCUUUUCCACUAAACCUUUGAAAUCUUUUUUUUUUCCCCCAGAAAAGUAAUUUUUCUUAGAAAUCAAAUGGACGGAAAAUACUUUUUCAGCCAAAAGAGGGAAAUAUAUAUAUUUUUUGUAUCAUAUGGAAUGAGAGUAAUCUUUUAAAAUAUGUAAUUUGUUGACAUGUUCCUUGCAUUUUCUCUUUAGUUGUUAUUAGAUUGUUUUGUAUAGUAUCUUAGUCUAGUUUUGUAUAAAAUGAACAUUCCCUGUACAAUGAUAUUCAUUCAUCUGUGAAACUUCUAGACCUAAUCUUUCGGUUUUACGCGAGUUCCGGUGUCGAAAUUGGCUUGUAAAGGCGUAUUGAAUACACUAAGAAGAAGAUACGGCGGAGAAUGAGUAGUACGGCCAAAGUGAAGCGCCGUGUGGGGAAGUAUGAGCUAGGGCGGACGAUCGGGGAAGGAACAUUCGCGAAGGUGAAGUUUGCGCGGAACACCGAGACAGGAGAACCUGUUGCUAUCAAGAUCCUUGACAAGGAGAAGGUUCUUAAGCACAAAAUGGUCGAGCAGAUUAAGCGGGAGAUCGCCACAAUGAAGUUAAUAAAGCAUCCUAACGUCGUUCGCAUAUAUGAGGUGAUGGGAAGCAAAACAAAAAUCUUCAUAGUACUUGAAUUCGUCACCGGAGGAGAGCUCUUUGACAAAAUAGUUAAUCAUGGCCGCAUGAGGGAGGAUGAAGCGAGGAGGUACUUCCAGCAGCUAAUUAAUGCCGUUGAUUAUUGCCAUAGCAGGGGCGUCUUCCACCGUGACUUAAAGCCGGAAAAUCUACUGCUUGAUGCAUAUGGAAACCUGAAAGUUUCUGAUUUUGGAUUGAGUGCGCUUUCUCAGCAAGUCAGGGAUGACGGCCUGCUUCACACGACUUGUGGAACUCCAAAUUACGUUGCUCCAGAGGUUCUCGAGGACAGAGGCUACGAUGGUGCAACUGCAGACUUAUGGUCAUGUGGGGUCAUUCUGUUUGUGCUGCUAGCAGGGUACUUGCCUUUUGAGGAUUCUAAUCUUAUGACCUUGUAUAAGAAAAUUUCACAUGCCGAAUUUACAUCUCCGUCUUGGAUAUCUUUUGGUGCCAGGAAGUUAUUAACAAGAAUCCUCGAUCCAAACCCUGUGACGCGAAUAACAGUCCCUGAGAUAUUAGAGGACGAAUGGUUCAAGAAAGGGUAUAAGCCCCCAGUGUUCGAGGAAAAUUACGAUGCGAAUUUGGAUGAUGUGGAUGCUGCGUUCAGGGACUCUGAAGUGAGUCGAAGACGCGCUUCAAUGCCAAUUAUAGAACACCAUGUGACAGAGAAAAAGGAAGAACAACCAGCAGCAAUGAAUGCAUUUGAACUUAUUUCAAUGUCAAAAGGACUCAAUCUUGCAAAUUUGUUCGACUCGGAGCAGGAAUUCAAGAGGGAAACCAGGUUUACAUCCAAAUGUCCGGCAAAAGAAAUCAUUAACAAGAUCGAAGAAGCUGCAAAGCCACUGGGCUUCGACAUCCAAAAGAAAAAUUACAAGAUGAAGCUGGAAAAUAUGAAAGCAGGAAGAAAGGGGAAUCUCAAUGUCGCAACAGAGGUAUUUCAAGUUGCACCCUCUUUGCAUAUGGUUGAAGUUCGGAAAACCAAAGGAGAUACGCUGGAAUUUCACAAGUUCUACAAGAAUCUCUCGAACAGCCUAAAAGAUGUUGUGUGGAUAUCAGAAGACGAUCCGCACGAGCGAACUUCUUAGGAUGACUCGCUCCGUAGUGGACGCCACAAAUCCCUUUUGUGCCAAAAUUAUGUUAAUAUCUUUUCGUCCGCCUUUUUUUCUUUUUUACUAGGAACAGGCUGUUGGUUAGUUGGUUUGCAGUGUAUUGGCCAUAAUGUUUUCUCUGGUGCCGCAUUUUUUCGUUCUAUUGAAGAUUUCUGUUGUAAAUGUAGGACAGAGUAGCAGCUUCUUUUCUCUUUAAUGCUUCCCUGAAACUAGAGGAAGCUGUAGACUUUGCGCUAGUCUGUAUGCUUGUAAAUGUCUCUACUGUAUGAAUAUCUAGUAUGAGGACUCUUUGCAGUAUUUGUUUAUUAGUGGAGCUGCUAUUGUGCUUU